AGUACUACGGUCCGCGGUCAGUGUGUAACGACGCGUCGUUAGUUUGUUUGAUAUGAUAUUAUUAUCCACGUAAAGUAUAAUAAUAUUAUACUAUUCAUUUUUGAUUUUUACCAUAUAUACAUUAUAAUAUACUGCGGAGAUCGGUCUGAAAACCUUAUUGAGUGCAGUUGAUAUAAUAUAAUAAUAUAGAAGCGGUAUCAUGCGCUGAGGUCGGCGAAGGGGAAGAGUCUAUAACAUGGACAGGCCCAAGAGGCCUUUUUUUUCGUUAAAAACGCCGAAAAAAGAUGAACCGUCGUCCCAAGAUAAGGUGCCUACGAAAAAAUCUUUCAAGGAUAAAGUAGAUUUUUUCGAAAAGAGCACCGAUUCUAAAGAUAGUCUGCAAGAUGCUGCUGUUGGUGGCGAGGGAUUGCGUGAUGGGUCGGGUGAUGAAACGUUUGAAGAAGUACUUGAAGAACGCGAUAUAUAUACAAAAGAUGGUCGGAAAAAGGGCAAAAUGGCCAUCGUGAACAUGGUGACAGUACACAAAAGUGUAAAAACUAUUAGUAGCCCGGAAGCAAGUCCCGUUAUCAAACAUUCGUUAUCAUUUGACCGAGAAGGUUCAAUAAGCAGGUCUUCAUCCAGAGAUAGUCUUUCAUCCCCGAAUACUUGGAGAAAAUCGUUCGUCGGUACUCGGUCACAAUUUGACUUACAUAUUGAAGAAAUAAAAAACGAACAGGAGAGAGUGCAAAAGAAGACCUUUGUUAACUGGAUAAACUCGUAUCUGAGCCAAAGGAUACCGCCACUGAAAAUUGAUGAUUUGAUCGAAGAUCUUAAAGAUGGUACUAAGCUACUUGCAUUGUUGGAAGUUUUAUCAGGAGAAAGACUGGCUAUUGAGCGUGGUCGUAACAUGAGGAGGCCUCAUUUCUUGAGUAACGUAAACUCUGCAAUACAAUUUUUACAAAGUAAACGGAUCAAGUUAGUAAAUAUAAAUUCUGCUGACAUUGUUGAUGGGCGACCUCCGAUAGUCUUAGGGCUCAUUUGGACUAUAAUUUUGUAUUUCCAGAUUGAAGAAAAUACAAAAGGACUCUCGUCGUUGAACUACUCUUUUAGUGGAAGCACGAGUAGCCUGGAAAGCGUUCGAUCUCCCACGAUGGAAAUUAACCGGAAAGCUGAUGGUGCUAAAAAAACUUUGUUAAAGUGGGUCGGAACGGUAAUCCCAAAGGAAAGCAAUAUAAAAGUAAAAGAUUUUGGACCAAGUUGGAGAGAUGGCAUAGCUUUCCUCACUAUUAUAGAUACCAUACAAACAAAUUUAAUUGAUAUAACUACUUUGAGAAAUGAAACAAACCGUACCAGACUUGAAACUGCAUUUAAUGUCGCUGAACAAGAUUUAGGAAUCGCGCGUUUACUGGAUCCAGAAGAUGUCGAUGUAGAUCGUCCAGACGAAAGAUCGGUUAUGACAUAUGUAGCGCAAUUUGUGCAUAAGUAUCCAGAAGUUCGAAGUGAAAGCGGAGAAUCAAUCGAUAAAAUUCAAAAAGACUAUAAUCUUCUUUUAACGUGGUUAACUGAAAAAACUCAAUACUUAUCUUGGUCACAAAAUUUAUCUCAAGAUUUUUCGGAAUUUUCAGAGGCACAAGAUGAAAUCGUUUCUAUGAGCCAUUUAUAUAACAGGCUAAAAAAAAUCUGUAAUUCUGGUUCGUCAAUUAGUAUUUCAGCACAAUCGUGGAAAGAGCUAGAAAAACUUUGGACGUUAUUAGAUAAUCUUAUGAAACAUUGGCAAUGGCAGUUAGACCUCUAUUUACCAGAACCAUUUAAAGUAAUUGGGGAAUGGAUUACAAAAGCUGAGCAGCUAAUAAACGACAAUAAUAUCCCAUCUAUUAUGAAUGAGGAGACUGCGGUUAUAAUUAGUAGAAAGCUAGAAGAUCAUAAGACAUUUUUUGCUGAUUUACCUGAAGUUCAACAAAAAUUCAACGAGCUGUUGUUAAAAACUAAAAAUCAAAACAGAGAAGUUAAUGAUCUAUCGAGACGUCUCAAUAACAUUCAAGUAGAUUCACAUAAACGGCGAACCCAUCUAAAAUUUUUAGAACACAAGUGUUGUUUGAUUGCAUUUUUAAAUUUGACUGAAAAUAAACUAAAAGCAUGGACUGUUAAAUAUGGCCGUCAUCAGGAUGUUUUGCAGCUUCUCGAGAAAUACAACAAUUUCGUUAUAGGAAAUAAUAUAUUUCAAGAAUUUAAUAAGGCGUUUAUAGAUAUGCAAAAUGUUGUACAAGAGUAUAAACAUGAAUGUCGUAUAGAGUAUAAAGAGACAGUUGCAAUUGAAAAAUUCAUGAAACAGACGGCUGAACAAUGGAAAAGUAUUGCAAUGGAGCUGAGAUGUGCACAAAGUAUGCUUGAAGAAGUAAUAGCAUAUUGGAGACGGUGGAAAUCAUUAUCUGAAGAUAUGAAAGCAUGGUUAUUGGAUGCUGUUAAAAAAAUUAACUUGCCACACGAGCAACGGAUUGAUUUUUUUCAGGAUAUUGGUGUUUGGAAGGAAAAAUAUGAGCUGCUUAAUGAUACUGUAAGCUUUUUAAUUGCAACAUGUGAAGACUCAAUUUGUGCUGAAUUAAAGCAAGAGUUCCAAAGUAUUACAGCUACGUGGGAAAGUAUAUUUUUGAAAGCUAAAGAUUACAUGCACUCUGGUGAUAUGAUCAGAAAUCGUAAAGAAUAUUUAGAAGGUUUGGACACAUUACACAAAUGGAAUAUACAAGCAGAACAAAUUAUGUCGUCAAUACAUUUGAGUUCAUCCCAAAAAAUUAAAGAUUACUUAGGUGACAUCCAAAGUCUUCAAUCACAAUUGGAUCAAAUGGAUGAUCUUUUUAAGGCAAUCAGUAAAAAAUUUCAAGUGUUAAUAAAAGAUUUAACAAGAGACGAAGUCAACGAGAUGAUGUUGUGUGUUAAAAGAGAAAAAGAAUCUCUUGUUAAUAUUAGAGCAAGCAUACCUGUACAUUUAAAUGCUCUUCACCAUAUGCUAGUUCAGUAUGACGCUCUUGAGACAGGUCAACAAGAAAUAAAUCAUUGGUUAAACAAUUGUGAAGAAUUUUUGUCUACAUUAAAACUAAGUAAAAGUCAAAAAGAAUUGCAUGAAGAUAUUGAAUACUUAAAGAGCAUUGUAGUACGCAUGUCGUAUUACCAGUCUAUGUUAUCCAGCAAGAAUAAAAUAUUCCAAAGCAUAAUUAAAUCAAUUCAACCCGAGAAAGAUCAAGGAAAUAAUUCAGAGUUUGUACAAACAAUGGCUGACCUGAACGCUAAAUUUUCUAGAAUAACUCAAGAAUGUCAACAGUGGGAUAUGAAAUUACAACAGACUUUGAGAUGUUGGCAUAAUUUUAUUGAAAUAGAAAAAGUUAUACUAGAUUGGAUUGAAACUAGUAAACAAUUAUUUUUAGAGGAACAGACAAGUUCAAGACAAAAUUUAGAAUCUCAAAAAGGGUAUUUUGAGUAUUCAAAUAAUAAUAAAUGGAUUGCUGAGUUAGAAAAUGUUGAAGGCGAACUACUUAGAUGUAUCUUACCAAGUGAACAAGAAACAAUAAGAAAUAGAUCCAAAGCAAUAAAGUUAAAAUAUCAAGAAUGUUUAAAUAUGGUCCCAGCAUACAUAAAGAGAGUUGAAUUUAAAAUAAAUGAAAUCACAUUCAAUCAAUGUAUAAAUGAAGCAGAAAAAGAACUUAACAUUGAACAACAAAUGUUUAGUAGAAAUGAAAAUGUAAACUUGAUACUCAAAAGGAACAUUGAAUACUUUGAUAACGGUAUGAUAGUUAAGGAACUUAAAUCGUGUUUAAAUAAUAUGUCUGUCGAAAGUAAAAAAAUAUCAAAUCCAUCUAUUGAUUCAAGUCUAAUCAAAUCUAUUAAUCGAUUUGAAAGCAUAGAAAAGAGAACUGCGGAAAUGAGACAAAAAUGUAAACAAAUACCUAAUCAGUUUCAAGAUUAUAAAUCUAAAUUUGAUAGUCUAGAAAAAUGGAUGAAUGCAGUUGAUAUAAGCGUUGAAAGAUUAUUAAAAGGACUUUUAAAUGAUGAAGAAUUUGAAAAAGAAAAAUCUAUAUUCCAAGAAAUUUGUCGUGAUGUAGAUAGUAAACGUGAUGAUAUGAAAUGGAUGGUUCAGGUACUAGAUAGUCUAUUACCUUAUGUAUCUGAUGAACAGCAACAAGUAGAACAAAAAAAUCUUGAAGAAUUAAUUGGUCGAUAUAAACAUUUAAUACCAACCAUAGACAUGACAAUAACUAAAACUGAGAUGUACACCAAAUGCUUUAUAUACAAAAAAGAGGUCACAGAAAUUGGAAAAAUGUUAGAAAAUGCCAAAGAUGAACAAUUACUUAAUAAAGGAGAAUCAUUGGAUGAUUUAAGUGAGCUCAUUAAAAAUCAGGAACAAAUAAUUGAAAGACUCGAGAAACAACGAAUUAUUGUAAUGUCAACAUUGCAAAGAGGAAAGCAAUUAGUGAAAAAUUCCGCUUCUGUGCCAAACUUUAUUCCUCAACUUGUUUCCAAAUUGGAAACAGAUUGGAGUUUUGUAUAUAAUGAUUCUAUUGAUAAAUUCAAUAAAUUAAAAAAUGCUCAAAGGCUAUUAAUAGAUUACACAAAAACUAAAAAUGAAGUUAUGGAAAUAAUCAAAAAAGCCGAAAAUGAACUAAAAACAGUAUCUGAUGAUAAUAAACAUAACUCACAAGAAAUUUCAAUGCAAUUGAGAAGUAAACAAGAACUAAGUCUUGCCUUGCGAGAAGCAGCUGAAAAUAUGUUAAACAAAUUGAGGGAUAUAUCACAAAAUUUACAUAUUCCUGAAAAAGAAUUUGCAAUUGAAAACGAAAUUAGUGUGAUAGAAAAUAAAUUAACAGAAACAAUUCAAACAGUGGAUAAAGAAACACAACGAUUAGAAAAGCUCUCAAUAAAACUAUGUGAACUUGAUUCAGGAUUAAACAAAAUUCAUGUUUGGUCUGUUGAAUCUGCUCCUGCUGUCAUAGAAAGAAUACAACAAGAUCAAACAAAUCCUGAAGUUAAGGCACGAGGAAUUGAAGAAGUUCAAGAUGAACUACAAAAACAGCGAAAUAGCUUAGAACGCUUAACAGAAGAUCUCCAUAGUUUUGAAAAAGAAAGUGAUACCAAUGAAACACAAAAACUCAGACAAGAUUUGGAUGAAGUAAGAAUGUCAAUUUUAAAUUUGGAGUGUAAUACUAAUCGUAAGAAUGAAGAAAUCAAUAUUGAUCUUAAUGAAUGGCAAGUUCAUAAAGCAAAGUUAGAAGAAAUUAGACCUUGGUUAGAAAACGCUGAAAAAAAAAUAAAUACUGAUCAUAUAAAACCAAUCACAUUGCAAAUGGCUAAUGAUUGGUUAAAAAAUACACAAUUGAUCAAUUUAGAAUGCCAAGAAAAAAUUGAAAAUCUUAAAACCAUAACUUCUGAGAACAAGACUGCAGUUAUUUUAAAUGAAGUAGAUGCAAUUCAGUCUCGUUGUAUAUCUGUACAAUCAUCGGCAGUACAACAAACUACCCGAUUACAGAGAUUGUUAUUUAACUGGAAUGAAUUAAAUGAAAAAGUUUUAAAGAUAGAAGAAAAACUAAAUCAACCACUGUUAUCUGAAUUGAAAGAAUUAAUUAUAAAUCAAUCAAUUUCAGAAGAUUUACUCGAAAAAAAAUUAAUGGAACAUAAGGCAUUAACUCAAGAACUUAAUGAAUGUCUUAGUGACAUUUCUAGUCUUUCACAAAACCUUAAUGGACUAAACCAACAUUUUACAAUUGAAACUACCAGUGAUAUUAAGGAGAAGUUGUCUACUUUAAAGACCAAAAAUAAUGAAUAUUUAAAGAUAAUGCAUGGACAAAUGCAAACAAUUUCUAAUAUUAUUUCAGACAAAAAAGAACAUGAAAUCAAAGUAAAUACGUUUUGCGAAUGGUUAAAUGAAUUGGAUUCAAAAGUAAACAAAUGCAAUAUUGUUCCAAGUACUUCAAUUGAAGAAAUAUUGAAAAAGCUUCACACAUUUACUGAAGAACACAUGGAAAAACAGUCAUUAUUUACUGAAAUUGAAGAUGAUUUUAAACAUUUUGAUGAUAAUGUUUCAGUACAACAGUCAAUUAUGCAAUUUAAAGAACUUCAAGAUUUAAUGCAAAAGAAAAAAAUUGUUCUCGAAAAAGCAAAUGAAUUUUUUAUCUGGAAUGAAACAUUAUUAGAAAAGUUGAAGCAUGCUGAAUUUCAGUUUGAUACAAAUCAAGAUAAAAUAAAUUUAAUAAAUGAUAUAAGUGCUUGUUCUGAGGAAGUAGAUCAAUGGAAAAAUAAUAUUGAUUCAAUUGAACACUUAUUGCAGCAAAGUAAAACUACUAUUCCUGGAUUAUCAAUUGCGGAUCAAUUCAAACAGCUACAAUUGAAAUUGGAACAAAUCCAGGGAAAACUCAAAGCAAAAGAAGAAAAUGAACAGAAAGUAAAAGAUUGUCAAAAAAUGGUCAGUGAAAUAAAUGAUAAAUUGGUAAAACAAAUUAAAAUAGUUGAGAGUAAAGUUGAUGAUCAUGUAUUGGCAUUAAAAUCGUGGAAAGAUAUUUCUCUUGUAAUUCCGAAACUACAGAAAUUAAAAGACACAAGUGAACUUGUUGAACAACUAAAGACUUUGGAAAAAGAAGGUGAAGUACUAACCCAGCUAGACAAAAGUAGCUCGUUAUUUAUACAAAAUAUUUUAUUGGAUAUUAACGCUGAGUUGAUUAAUUUAAAAACUAAGACUGAACAGUCAAUUGCAAAUUUAACAGAAUUGAAUGAUAAUUGGUUAAAUAUGAACGAUAUAAAAAAUAAAAUAAAGACAACUAAAGAAGAAUGCAAAACUAUUUUAGAAUCGAUAGAAACUCCAAAUGAUUUAACUGAGGCUCAGAUAAUAGAAGACAAAUAUAACAAAGCAUUAAAACAAAGUACAGCCUUAUUGGAUGUAUUGCCUGUAGUUGAAGAAUCUGUGCAAAAAAUGGUGACAUUGGCUGAAAAUUAUCCGCAACUAAAUGUUAAUAAAUUUAAUCAAAUUUAUAAAAAAGACUUAGAAAGUUUGGAAAAAUAUCAUGCUGACCUUAAAGAAAAUGCUGAAAUAGCACAUUCUCAACAAGUUAUUUGGAAACAAGUGAACCAGACCAAAGAUAGUAUUUUACAGUGGUUAUCGGAUGUAAACGUUGAACUUUUAGAUUGCACAAACAAUUUAGAUGACAUUGAAAAAAUUAAAAAUAAACUCGUUAAAUACUCAGAAGAAAAAGAGCUUAAUUUAGAUUUAAAAAACAAUCUUGCUGAAAAAAUAAAUAAAUUACAAAAACUUAAUGGAAAUAAACCUAUUAUAACAUUAGAUUCAUUAAGUGCAUUGAUUAAUGAUCAAUUUGAUGCCGUUGAAAGUAUUGCUUGUAAUUUAGUUCGUCUAAUUACUGCUUUUUCUCAACGAGAAGAAGCAAUAAGAGCUGAAAUAAAAAAACGUACUUCUGAAAUUAAUCAAAUACGAGAAAAUGUUAAUAAAUGUGAUAACUUAAACAAUGAAUUAGAUACAUUAUUGAUUAAUUUAAAAUCUUGUCAAAAAUGCAAAAAUGAACUGAUUAAAAUGAAUUUAAACAUAGACACUGUUAACCAUUCAGUAUCAGAAAUGACUGAAACUUUUCCUAUAAUUGCCGAAUCAACAGCAAUUAAGGAAUUGAAAAGUCUUAAGAAACGAUAUGAAAGUGUUGUUCAACAGGUCGAUAAAGUUGAAACAACAUUAAUGACAUAUUUAAAAAAACAUUUAGAAGAUGAUUUAAAUAACCUUCUACAUUCGAUAAAAAGUAUUGAUGAAAAGCUAACAUGGUGUAAGCCUGAAGAAGAAAUUGAGAAAGAACAAAUAGAAGUUAAACUUGUUUCUGUUGAGGGUAUCAAAGGAAACUUAUCAGUGAUUAAGGAACAAAAAUCUAAAAUAGACCAUGUCUUAGAAUACCUCAAUCAGUAUUCAUCGUCAGAUGUAAACUUAGAAGAAUUGAGCAACAACGAUGAGCUAUUAAGUGUUAACCUCGAGAACACAGAAAAACAAAUAAACGAACGAAAGGAAGCUCUAGAAAAAUUAAUUAAUUUCUGGGUUGAGUAUCAAAAAUAUCUCGAUAAUAUCCUUCCAUUAGUAAAUAUUUUAGAAAAUGAUAUAAAAAUGUCUGUAGAAAUUCCUAUUGAUAUGAAUUCAAUAAAUAUAAUGGAAGAAAAUGUAAAUAAAUUCAAGUUCAAUGUCGAUACAGCUAAACAAUUUUUGAAUGAACUUGAAUCUUGUGUCGAAAAUAUUAAAUCCAUUGAUAGUAAAUCAACAUUAGAUAAUCAAGCUAUAAAAAUUAAACGUAAGUUAGAUUCUUAUCAGAAUAGCAUCGGUAAAUGCUUGGAAAGAAUAGACCAUCUAAAAGAAAUGAAAAUAGAAUUUAACGUUUCUUUUGAAAAAGCUAAUAAAUUAAUAAAAGAAUUAAAUAAUAAAUUGAAAUCCAUUGAAACUACUCAACCUGCGGGCAAAAAAUCUAUUCAAAAUGCACAAUCGGAUUUAGGAAUUAUGAAAAAUCUUAACAAACAACUUGAAGAAAGUCAACAAUUAGUCAAUGACACAGUAUCAAAAGGUGAAUGUAUGUACCCUGAUAUUACUAUGGAAAAUCGGGAAGAAAUAAGAUCUAAAGUUAAGCAAUUAAGAUUAGCGUGUGAAAAUUUAAAUGACGAAUGUGGAAAUAUAACAAAAACAAUUGAAAAUAUUUUAGUACAAAAAUCAUCUUUUGAUGAAAGUUGUAAUCAAAUUCAAAAUUGGCUUCAUGAAACAGAAGAAAAAUUCAAUGAUUCUAAAAGAAUAAAGAAAAACAAUAUUAUAGACAAAAAAACUAAUUGCAAUAAUUUAAAAACAUUGAAACAAGAUUUGAUUGCUUAUAAAGAUAACAUUAAUCAAUUGAAAGAAAAGGUAACUCAACUAAAUGAACCAGACACUGAUUUAAAACUUAAAGAUUUUUUCAAAAAAUAUGACAGUAUUGCAUCAGGAGUAAAUAAAUGUUUAAAAUUAAAUGAGACACAUUUGAAAAAUCAUGAGUUGUAUUUAGAAAAUGUAGAAAUAUUUAAGAAUUAUCUCAAGGUAUUACAAGACGAGUAUUCAGUUGCAGUGAACAAUGUUUCGGAAACUGAGUCUGAUGUGUUUAUGAAUAUAAUUGGUCAUAAGUCUGAAGGAGAGUCAUUACUAGAAAAAUGUAGAGAAAUUGGAAACACUGUAUUAAAAGAAACCGAUGUAGAUGGUAAGACUGCAAUACAAAAUGAACUCGAUGAAAUUAAAAUUAACUGGGAAAGUUUAAUGUUAAAUUGUGAAAAUACUUCAAAAAUGUUAAACCAAAAACAAAAUCAAAAUGAUAAAAUUUUAACAAAAAUUGAAAAUCUUGAUAAAUAUUUAAAAUCAAUUGAAACACAAAUUAAAGAUAGAAGUCUAAAAAAUUCUUUAGUAAGUAAACAACAAUAUUUAGAAAAAUUGAAACAAUUUGACGAAGAUAUCACAAAAAAACACAAGGAAAUUUUAGAAAUACAAUCUGAAACUAUUGAGGUUUCACCCAAUGUAAACAGUGCAAUUAUGAGUUUAAUAAAAACUUAUCAGAGUGUUAAAACUAGAACAAAGGAAUCAAUAUUAAGGUAUGAAAAUUUUGUACGAGAACACCAACAUUUUGAUUCAAGUUAUGAAGAGUUCACUGGAUUAGUAAAAUGUUUAACAGAAGAGCUAAACAAUUACAGCGAAGUUGUUGGCGAUUUAGGAUUUCUACAGGCAAGGCAAAAAAAAUUGUUAGCAAUGUCAGAUUCAAAAUGCCAACAAAGUGUGCAGUAUGAGUCCCUUGUUAAUAUGGCGGAAAAGUUAUAUGCCCAAACCUCUCCAGACGGAAGAGAAAUAAUUCGCCAAAAUAUGAAGGAUUUGAGAAAUGCGUGGGAAUCAGUGUCUGAGACUUUACAAUCCAGUCUAAGCAAACUUGAUAAUUGUUUAUUGCAAUUUGCUGAAUUUUCACUGUCACAAGAACAACUGACCAAAUGGCUGAAAAAUAUUGAGCAAGCAAUGCAACAACACACUGAAACAAAAGCUACUUUACAAGAGAAAAAAGCUCAACUUCAGAACCAUGUUGUUAUCAAUCAAGAAAUAUUGUCUCAUCAAAAUCUUGUACAAUCAGUGUGUGAAAAGGCUCAGGAACUCGUGAAUCAAACAAAAGAUAAUACUUUAAAUACGUAUUUAGAGUCAAUUAAAAAUCUUUAUGAAAAGAUUGUUACAAAGUCUAAGGAGUUGAUGGAUUCGUUAGAGCUUUCUGUUCAAAAUCAUUCUGAAUUCAAUCAAGUUUGUCAGAAACUUAAAUUGAUUUUAAAAGAACAACGUGAUAAAAUUCGAGAAAAUGAUAGUAUUGCUGCAGAAAAAGAUAAUAUUCUUAAAAAAAUUAAUAUAUUUAGAGAAAUGAAAACAGCAAAUACAACUGAAAAUGAAUUACGAAAUCAUCUUGGAGAUGUAUUUCAAUUGGUUAGCAAAACAACCACAAAAAAAGGAAUUAAUGUUAUGUCAAAAGAAAUAUCAAAAAUAGAUAGUGAUAAAUCACAGUUAAUAAUACAGCUAGAUACCAUUAUUGAAAAAAUGGAAGAAAUACUGAUUCAAUGGACUGAUUUUGAAAGUGAAUUUGAUGAGAUUACCAACUGGUUUAGAUUAACAGAAUCACUUAUUAAAGAUCAACAAUUGCAAUCAACAUUUGAAAAUAAAGAAAAUAAAUUAAAACUUUUUGUGGAUAAACGAAACGAAGUAUUAAAUUAUGAACCCAAAAUAGAAAAGUUCAUUGAUAAUUCAAAUAACUUGUUGCAUACAAGUGGAGUAGAACGUCUAAAACCACUUAUACUCCAAGUUGGAAACCGGUAUCAAUUAAUUUUAGUUUUAAGUAAAGAAAUUGUGGCAAAAUGGCAAAAUAUUGCUGAUGAUCACAAAAAUUUCAACAAAAAAUUGGCUGAAUUCAAGUCAUGGUUAGAAACUUUGGAAAGUAAACCUGCUCAAAUCCUGGAUGACAAUGAUUUAGAUUUGAACAAAAAACUAUCACAAUUAUUAAGUAUUUAUGGUAGUUCUGAUCAAACAUCGGCAAAAAUAUCAUUAUUAACGUCUAUUGGUGAAAGUUUAUACCCUGAUACAUCUGCUGCUGGGCGAGAAACUAUUCGUCAACAACUCAAAGAUAUUCGCGAAAGAUGGGAUACAUUAGAUGAAAAAGUAAAGACUGCUCAAAAAACCCUUGGAGUCCAAUCACAACAAUGGAAUAGUUAUCAAGAAACUCUUUUACAAACUAUUAAUUGGUUAGAAGGUAUAGAAAAAGUAAUUGCUUCUAACCAGUCACCCAUUUGGUCUUCUCCACAAGAAAUAAGAUCAAAACUUUUAAAGCAAAAGGCAACAAUGCAAGAAAUAAAUUCACAUAGUCGUAUGAUAGAAACGAUAAUGGAGAAAGGAAAAUCAAUAAAGAAGCCUAAAGACGAAUCUGAUCCUGAUAUAUCAUUGAAGGACAGAUAUGAUUUGUUGCGUGAAAAAAUGAAUAAUUCUAUUUCACAACUUGAAAACUACUUAGAGACUUAUCAACAAUAUCAAGAUUUACACAAAUCAUACCAAGAUACUCAAAAACAGCUUUGGGACCAACUCUCAAUAUAUACAGAUUAUUCAGGAAACAAACAAAUUUUAGAGUCCCGAUUAAAUAAAGUUAAUGUUAUACAAACUACUUUCAAUAACAACAAAACCAACAUUAUUGACAAUGGAACGUUUUGUAGAAAACUCUAAGGAUACAAUUCCACAAAAAGCAAUUGAUACAAUGUUGAGAGAUCAUACAAAUUUACAAUUUGAACAAGAAAAGUUUCAGUCAUUGUUAAAUGAUUUAUUAGAAGGUUUACAAAGUAGAAUAAAUCAAUGGGUAGAGUUUGAAAACUUGAUGCAUCAGUUAAUUUCUUGGCACAAUGAUACUGAAAAGAAAUUGCAAAA